GCCGCUCUGUUCUCGGCUCCUCUGUCCUGCCUCUCGGCUCUGUAUUAGCGAAACUGGCGACGUGGGAUAUCCGCCGGCUCGGCCUCUGCGCCUGCCUCGCCCGCCGAGGUGAAGUCGGGACUGGGAGCUGACCGCCGCAGCGUCCCCGCGGGCCAGACGCAGAGGGCCGCGGCGCUCUCCUGCACAGCUCAGCCGGCGUGGUGAGGUGAGGGGCGGCGGCGGGAAGCUCCCAGCGGGAGGUUGGGCGGUGGGGCCAUGGCGCUGCAGGCCCGGGCGCUGUACGACUUCAAAUCGGAAAACCCGGGGGAAAUCUCGCUGCGGGAGCACGAGGUGCUGAGCCUCUGCAGUGAGCAGGACAUCGAGGGUUGGCUGGAGGGUAUCAACAGCCACGGCGACCGCGGUCUCUUCCCGGCCUCCUACGUGCGGGUGAUCCGCGCCGCCGAGACGCCGCCACCCGCCCGCUACGCCAACCUGCCUGCCGGCGGUUUAGAGCCGCUGCUGCCCCCCGCCGCCUUCAAGCCGGCGACACUAGAGGCCCCGCCGGCGGCGGCGCCUGAACCCUUCUUGCUGUCCCCCUCCGCCGCCGGGUAUCCUUUCCUGCCGUCGCCCUACGGCGGCUCCUACCAGCUCAGCCAGGGCAGCGAUGACGACUGGGACGAUGACUGGGACGAAAGCUCCACGGUGGCCGAUGCGCCAGUCUCCCUGAGCAGCUCCUACCCCGUCUAUGAGAUGGCGGGCAGACGGGCCUCUGGCCACUACCGCGUGUCCAUGCAAUCUGAGAUAUCCCUUAGCUCCCGCAGUGGCCACCUGGCAGGCCACCUGCACCUGCCCAGCAGCAGCACUAAGAGUUUGGCCACGGUAAGCCGCAACCUCAACCGCUUCUCAACCUUUGUCAAGUCUGGUGGGGAGGCCUUCGUGCUGGGUGAUGUAUCAGGCUUUGUGAAGGACGGGGACAAGUUGUGCGUGGUGCUGGGCCCCCGGGGCCCUGAGUGGCAGGAGAACCCCUACCCCUUCCAGUGCUCCAUCGAGGACCCCACCAAACAGACUAAAUUCAAGGGCAUGAAGAGUUACAUCGCCUACAAGCUGGUGUCCAGCCACACUGGGCAGCAGGUGCACCGCCGCUACAAGCACUUUGACUGGCUCUAUGGGCGCCUGGCUGAGAAGUUCCCUGUCAUCUCUGUGCCCCACUUGCCAGAGAAACAGGCCACUGGCCGCUUUGAGGAGGACUUUAUCUCCAAACGUCGCAAAGGCCUGGCCUGGUGGAUGGACCACAUGUGCAGCCACCCCGUGCUGGCUCAGUGUGAUGCCUUCCAGCACUUCCUCACCUGUCCCAGCACAGAUGAAAAGACCUGGAAACAAGGCAAGCGCAAGGCUGAGAAGGAUGAGAUGGUGGGUGCCAACUUUUUCCUGACCAUCAGUGUCCCUACUGGCUCUGGGGCUGGCCUGGACUUGCAUGAAGUAGAAAGUCAGAUGGAUGGCUUCAAAGCCUUCAUGAAGAAGAUGGAUGAAAGUGCCCUGCAGCUUAAUCACACAGCCAAUGAAUUUGCUCGCAAACAAGUCACUGGUUUCAAGAAGGAAUACCAGAAGGUGGGGCACUCCUUUAAGUGUCUCAGUGAGGCAUUUGAGCUGGACCAGCAGGCCUUUUCGGCUGGCCUCAACCAAGCCAUAGCCUUCACUGCAGAAGCCUAUGAUGCCAUUGGAGACCUCUUUGUAGAUCAGCCCCGGCAGGACCUCGAUGUUCUGAUGGAUUUGUUAGCACUGUAUCAGGGGCAUUUGGCCAACUUUCCAGAUAUCAUUCACGUCCAGAAAGGAGCCCUUACCAAAGUAAAGGAGAGCAAGCGACAUGUGGAAGAGGGGAAGAUGGAACUCCCAAAAGCUGAGGGCAUUCAAGAACGUUGUAACGUUAUUUCUUUUGCAACCCUAGCAGAAAUUAAUCAUUUCCACAAAAUUCGUGUGAGGGACUUUAAAUUACAAAUGCAACAUUUCUUGCAGCAGCAAAUACUCUUUUUUCAAAAAGUGACACACAAGCUAGAAGAAGCUCUUCACAAGUAUGACAGUAUUUAAUCUCUGAACUUUGAUUUGUGGACUUUCCUCAGUAUGAAUGUGACUCAACAAGCAGAGCAAACAUUUCUGCUGCUGAAAAACUAUUGCCAGUGAUAGAUUGUGUUACAAGGGUGGUUUUGUGUUCACCUGGAAUCUUCAUGUAAUCUCUGAUUAUGUAGAAAGGAAACAGUUAUAGGGAUAUGUAGUAGAAACAGUACUACACAUUGUAACCAAGUUAUACUGUGUAUGCCUAUACUACCAUAGUAACUUUUAAAAAAUAAUGAGUAUACUAUUUGCCUUAUUGCUUUUUGAAAUAUGGUAUCUUAGUGCAUACUUUGUAGACCUCAAAACUGUUUGAAUCUUUAAGGAAGUUGACUAGCUAAAAGCCAGCUUCAAAUGCCUUUUUACUUUCUUAGAUUUAGGUUUCUUAUAUUAAAGUGAUUAUUUGUUUACAGAUUCCUAGUAGAGCAGCUACAUGAUUCUGUGCCUUUCAACUCUAUUUUUCCUUUUCUAAUAAGCCACAUUUUUGUGAUUGAAUGAAUGAAGGAUUGAUGCCCAUAACAGGAACUGAUUCUAAAACUGAUUAUUUACUGUAAAAAAAUCAGCUCCCAUCCAGUUUGAACAGCAAAACUGUCUUAUGACAAAUGUUAUCUCAAAAAGGAGAACUUAAAUGUAUUCACACUUCCCCUGAAAAUGACAACUACUUGUUACAUGGACUACUAUUGUCCUAAAACAGGUUCUAUCACCUGGUGGGUGAGAAGCCAAUCCACACACAGUUGAGGUAUUUGAUUUAUUCACAGUUCUGUACAGAAAGGGGCACUGGAUGGCAAAUCCACAAAGCCAGCAGCAUGAGUAUCAAAAUUUUUCACUUUUAUUCAUUUUAACAUACAAAGGCACCAGUGUUCAUUGGCAACAAGUUACAUAGUUUUCUCAUUAAUUUGUAUUCUACUUUCUAUUUGUUAAAUUAUUCUCUUACUUCUUAUGCUAAUUAGUCUGUAUGUUCAGUCUUCUUUUGAGUUGGUGGGUUUCUUGGGUUGGUGGCGGUGAGUCAGUGGUCACGAUCUCCCCCUGCCAGAAUUACCUUCUACCCAAAUUAACACUUUAUACUGAUGAUUGGACUUGUUUGUUCCUUCUUCUAGCUUUGGUUGUUUCACCAAGUGUCCUUGGUUAGCUGAUUUCAGCAUUCUGUUAUGUCUGAUUUCACUUGAUACAUUACUUUAAGUAUCUUUUUUCUAUUCUUUGUCUAUAGCUGCAGUUACUGAAGCUUAUUAAAGCUGAAAUUACUGAGAUGUUAACCAUAAUUUAACUAUUUGGAAGCCCAGUGGUAUAUCACUAGGAAGUUAAGCACAUAUACAAAUAUACACCACUAAAUCCCCUUUCCAAAGUGAAUAUUACAGUGAGGUUUGUUUGGGGGGGUGUAGAAAACAUUACUGUGAGUGCAAAUUUAAAGAGCUAACGUAAUAAAAAUGAAAUUUAAAUUUAUAAAGA